UACAUAAUUUAUUUCUGAGUAUGGCUCAAAUUAGAGUUAAAACUGUGGUUAGGAAAAAUGACACUUAUUUAACUUAAAUCCAUCAAGGUAAUCUUUGAGGCCUGUUCUUCUAAUUAAGACACGUCAAUUAAGUACUUGAAGAUAAUAGAGAUUUCAAAUAUUUCUUAUUGUAUUUGUGAUUGUCCUCAUAACUUUUUUGUCUUCCUCCUCUGUCUAAUAUGCAGAUGACUAAGUGUUACAAAGAGGAGACUAAAACCUGCUACUCUAUUAUGAGAGUCUUGACCAAAGUGGGGAAGUUGAGAAACUCUGAUGCCAGAAAUGGUGAAGAUAUGACCUACCUAAGAUGGAAAUGCUGACUGAGAGUCAGUGGACCAUAUUAUACAGAGGCAGCCUGUCACAUAUUCUUCACAGCCAAUCUUGAGAGUUUUUAGACAAUCACUAUUUUUCUUUUUUUUUUUAAUCCUCUUUGGUCUGUGUAAGAAGAGAUUGUCCACACUGAACUCUUUCCUACUGAAAAUAAUGUACAAACAUGAUAUCCUGUUCCUAGACAGUCCAAAGGCAUUUCCUCCCCUCUUUCUCUUUCAUAGUCAUCUUUUUUGACUUUGUUGGAUGAAAUCAAUCUAUUGCUUGGCAUACCUUAUACACAAGUUAACAGUGUGCUAAUAAUUAACUAAACGUCAAUUUAGUUAGGAGCAAUUUAGUAAGGAUCAAUCCACUCAUACCUGACCCUAAGCCACUGACAUUUAAUGGUACGACCUCUCAGGGAUCACCAAGGUUCAGAGAAACCAAAUACACGUUAAAACAGAGCCCUUGGUAAGAUGCACCCAUAAUCUCCCUAAGGAGAAAAGAAUUUUCAAACUGAGGGUCACAAUGUAUUAGUAGGCUGUGAAAUCAAUCUCAUGAUUUGCAACCAGCAUUUAAAAAAAAAUAAAAUAAACUAGAUGAAAAUAUAUCAGAAUGCACUUAAGGCAGUAUUGUUUUCAGAAUUUAUGUUUCAAAUGUGUGUGUAAGUGCACACGUGAGCAUGUAUGUGAGACAGAGAGAGUGAAAGAGACUUUUCUACCUCACUUUGCAAUCAGAAGUUUGAAAGUCUCAUCAUCUCAUUUCCUCUUCAGAAGUAUUUCAAAUGUAGACUCUCUCUUUUCCCACACUCCCUCCUCAAAUGAAGCUCUUGUCUUUCUUCUGAGACUAUUACAACAGACUACCAACCUCUGACAUUAGGCUCUCCACAGUAAUGGUUUAUGUGAAAAAUCGAAAAUCAAGGCAACUACAACAACCAUACAAGAAGACAACUACUACAAAAAUACACAAAAUCUCUCCUUAAAAGCCUCUAGUGGUUGCCCAGCCUGUAGAAUGUUACCAAAUUUCUCACGCAGGCAUUUGCGGAUCUUUACAAGAUGGUCCUUAUGGGAUUUUCCUUUGCUGAACCCUGGACUCUGAUCAUAUUACACCGUUCCCUCAACAUCCUCCUGGAAGGCCGGGCCUUGAAACUCUUAUACACCUCUGAGAAAGGGGAGUCCUAGAACAAGCCCAGAGAAACAUCCUAGACAUUAUUCCAAUAACUCUUUUCCCACAGCUCUGCAGGACACCUGCCAGCCUAGUCCUGUUAGAGAUCUGGGUCUGUCGUUUCCACUGAGCUCUUCAGACCAGGGUUCCUGCCUCAUAUUUUAUAGUUAAUUAAGUGCAGGGAUUGUAUCUGUUUCCUUACAUAUUUUUUUUGAGGGUGGAGGGUGAAGGGGGUGGGGGUGGGUAUAGGGGCAAGGUUUGAACUAAUGAAACCAGAAGCAAAACUCAGUUCAAGAUGCCCUCCACAAGGGGGACCUGAUUUUGGCCAAGCAGAUAUCAUAAGUGAGAUCCAGGUAAUUUACUCCAUGCUUGAGGGUCUGCUAUCAAGCCUUAGGGACUGAGAAGUGGUUUUAGUCACAAGCAAUCCACAUGCCUGUAGAUCAUUGUUUAAUAAACAAUUAGAUUGUUUGCCCAAAUAAGGUGUUAUCCUGAAGUUUUUUGACAAUUCUAAAAGCAUCUUCCAACUCUGCAGUGAGACAUCUAAGAUAUCUGUGUUACUUCCCUCAUAUACAUAAAUAAUUUUCAAUAAAAAUCAGCGCGUGAAUAAUUUAUUUUCUCCACCAACUGAAAGCCAACCAUUUGGAAGACCACUUAGAAGAGAUGAGAUAAGUCAUUCGUUAAAAAUUACUUUUAUAUUUACACGGAAAAGAGGAAGUUUUGUGCUUCCCUUUGAAUUUUGUUGAAAAUCGAGGGCUUUAUUGAAUAGUUUUGGCAUGCAGGGUCAUUUUUCAUUAAAAGGCAAAAAGACAUGUGAAAUCUGUAUCUCUAUGGAUUAUUCAGCAGUGGAACCUGGGCGAUUCCGUGCAGAGGGUAUUCGAGGUAUUCAACUUUUGGGAGUGAAACAAACACAAAUGCUCCUUCCCCAAGGGGCGGGGGCGGUGCCUGAGCGACGCACCAAUCACAUCGCGCCCUGCCCUAUAUAACGCCCUGAGGGCCGUCCAGUACUUUACGCUACUUGCUAGGUGAUACCUAUUGCUUUACUCUAGUGUAAUGUCUGAGAUGGUGACCGCAGCUCUAGCGGACUCGGUUCCACCGUCCAAGGAGAAACCUCCAUCCAGAAAGCGGGGCAAGAAGCUGGUUGGCUUGACGGGUGGAAGUCGCAAGACCACAAGCGUCUCAUUGUCCAAAUUGAUCAUCGAUGCCCUUUCCAUUUCUCAAGAGAGAACUGGCAUGUCUUUGGCAGCGCUGAAAAAGGCGCUAGCAGCCGUGGGCUAUGACGUGGAGAAGAACAACAGCCGCAUCAAGCUGGGUCUCAAGAGCCUGGUUAGCAAAGGAAUUCUGGUGCAGACCAGGGGUACCGGUGCUUGCGGCUCUUUCAAGCUCAGCAAGAAGGUUGCUGCUGAGCCCACCAAGGAAAAGGUCAAGAAGCCUUCUUCUACCAAGACGAAGAAGCGGGUCUUGGCCAGAGACUCCAAGUCUCCACAGAAAGCUAAGACCAACAAAAGAGCAAAGACGCCGAGGACAGCACUGGCUGAGAAAGCUGGUAGGACUGGCAGAAAAGCUAAAGGCGCUAAGGGCAAACAACAACGGGAAAGUCCAGCGAAGGCCAGAGCAGGGAAGCCCAAGGCUGGGAAUUCUAAACUGACCCAGCAGAAGACUAAUCCUAGGAAAGCAAUAACCAAGAAGUAAAAUUUCUGCAACGGCCAGUUUUCAUAGAACCCAAAGGCUCUUUUAAGAGCCACUCACAUGAUUUUAAGAGGGUGUAACAUUGCGUUUUCAGAAGACUCCGGAAGAAAAGACUAUUCGUCAACCUUAUUGCUUGCCAAUAAGGAAGUUUGUGAUGCGGUGAUAGUGUCUUGUCAGACAAACGGUACAGACUCUGAAGAGCUUCGGAUACUUAGUGGUAUGCUGACUGCCCAGUUCCAGAAAGUUAGUUUGUCCAUCCUAAUAAAAAUAAGGCACAGUCCUUGUAUGUAAGUUCCUAAAUGCUUACAGAAGUGCUGGAUUUUAAGUCGAGAGAGAAGAGGAGGUCAGCUCCGUGCCCAACCAUACCUGACCAUGUUUUUUCACCUAAUGCUACUCUGGUAUAUGAUUUAAUGUGCCUUUCCAUGUAAGAUUUCUGAACUCAGUCUCCAUGGACUUUACAGGGGUUAAUAUACAGAAACCAAGGUCUCAAUUUGGAUUGGUGAGAAGUUUACUUCUCGUUAAACAGAUUUCUUUCCACUAUGAGUGAUUAGUUGCGUAAAUCACAGAUGUUUCCGUUUUACAUUUGCAAGAAUAUUGAAAUGCCUUUCACCUUCAUUAGUUUGCAAGUAGUUACCAGAUGACUAUAUAUUAAGCACAUACUGUUACAUUAAA